GUUUACUGAUGCCGACCCAGAGGUCGAGUCGAAGGACGAUCACGGUCAAAAAGUAGACAUGAAGUAUGCGAGACGGAUCAUUCCCGGUAUCGCAUUCACGAGACGAUUCUUCACCAAGCAUGAUGUACAAUGUCUGCUUGAGCGAAACCACCAAUUGCCAUUCCCUGGAAGACAAUCUCAUCAUGAGCUUGGUCGCCAAAUGGUAGAAUCAAAAUCCAGUCUGAACACUGGUUCAGAAGCUAGAUUGAGUUCUAGCAAGACUUCGUUGCGUCUGCACACGAAGAAGAUAAUCCGGUACUGCCAAAGAGAGCAAGUGUUGGCUCGACUGCGAUCCGCGUUGUUUGCAGUAGAGAGGUCAACUGAUGGAGGAAUGCUCCUCUCAGCGGACAAUUCUACGCCGCAUCAUCUGGUUCGCCAUCGAGCACGGAUUCGCGCACUUUGGCCCUUGGACUUGCCUACAACCUGAACACCAUUAUUCAGACAGCGUUGGAAGAAACGCCCAUACAUCCUCAACAUCAUCUAGGCCCGUCAUCGUCGGUCGACCUCUGUCGGAGCCUUGCAUCCUCAAAACUCUUCAUCGACGUACCUCGUCGAUAUCACACGCCCAACCGUUCGCCUUUUGGCAAACGGCCACAACGAUGCAUACCAUACGACCAAUGCCACUGCCCACUACCACCCCCGACAACGUUCUAAACACGUCCACCACAAUGACCAACUCUGACCUUGAUUACGAUAUUCUAAACAAUAUGAACUACUUGGACGAUGUCAACUUUGACGACUUUGUCCUGUAUCCCACCAAUGACAUUGACCUGGACGACUCCGUUGUCUCUAGGUUCUUUCCCGAAUUCGACUUCAAUCCUCAAUCUUCGUUUUCACCCACACCCUGCUCACCGAAGUCCCACACUUCGGUUCAAAAGUACCGAUGUACUGACUGUUCCGAAUCUUUUCGGCGCCGCUGUGACCUAAACCGACAUCGCCUCAAGCAUGACACCCCGUUCAGAUGCUCCCAAGAUGGAUGUGGCGUGGCCUUUUCUGAGAAGCGACGAUGUAAACAACAUGAGAAGCGGGAGCAUGGCCUUCUCACCGAAGAUGACAUGAAGAAAUGUCAUGUGUGCGGAUACACGUCUAUCCGUCCCGACUCGGUCAAGAGACACAUGAGACUGAGACACGGUAUCCAAGUGAGUUUCAGAACCAAAACGUCACCGACCACCAGCAACAGUACUGUAUCUCCCAGCAACUCUGAGCACUGACAACUGUACGGUGAGACCGAGCACCACCGUAAAAAGAAAUGAUACGAGGAAGGAAUUCGAAUAGUCGAGGGGUUGUUGACACUUUAUCUUGACGACUUUCCAUUUCCAGAUUGCAAAGUACAAGCUUCCGUGUAUGGCUGGGUUGACCUUUGAUAUUACAUGAUUGUGAGAGUUGAGAGACUCUGCUACUUUUACGGCGUUGAUUGGUUUACAUCGGUAUGAAUGUGAAACCACUUUGGAAUCUUUGUUCUCUGGGUAUAUGCAAUGAGAAAACAUUUCAUAAACAU